AAUUCAGUAGUCAAUUAUCAGUAUCAUAAUUGAAGAAGUAGGAAAAACAGUGAAGGGAACAGGCAUUGUUUAUUGAAAUGUUUAUGAAAAUGUUUUAAUUUAUAUCAAUAAAAAGGAUACAAAGUUCCGUAAAUGGAUAUUUUACUAAGCAACAAAGAUUGUUUAUACGACAACUUUUGUCUAGAAGAGUUCCCUUCAGAAUUCCAAUGGUCGUCAUUAUUAGACUUAGCUGAUGCCUCGCCAAGUGAAAUUCUGGCAGAUGCUGCCCCUAGCUUGGUGCCCCCAAUAUCACCCGGGCUGAGCAUCAACUCGUCGUUUAACACAAGCUCUGACUCGGGAAGUGAAGAUGACACUAAAAUUAAUACACUAGAUCUAUCACUACAUUCUCCUGAUGGGAUAGCUACUAAUGGAAAUGAAACAUCAUAUGAGUUAAAACCAGAGGAUAUUGAUCAAUUCUUACAAAUAUCAGAAUCAUCACUCACAAAUGGGUCACCUAAUAGUUUUCAACCAACAGUACUCAGUACUUCUAAACGAAAAGGUCUUUUUAUGGCUAUUGAAAAUGGAGUUAUAAAGGUGGUUGGAAAUGACAAAAGCGAGGAGGACCAUAAGCUGAUUAAUAACAAUAAUGGUAAUGUGGACAACUCCUAUUUUAAAGUGGUGAAUGAGAACCCCGUUAAUACAAUUAAGAGAAAUGAGCAAUCUGCAACUGUUCCAAUUGUUAUAAUGCCUAGUAAUAUUAAUACACAGAGUACAAAAAAUCAAAUCGCCAUAACACCACUUCAACAGAAUAGUUAUCAAAUACAGCCAUCACCUCCUAGAAGCAGUAUUUUUACAAGUCCAGUUAGUACUAGAGAAAGUGACCAUGGUGCUAACCCAUUAGAACUAAGUGAUAUGGAAAUUAAGGCGCUUAAGAAACAACAACGUAUGAUUAAGAAUAGGGAAUCGGCAUGCCAGUCGCGACAGAAAAAGAAAGAUUACGUAACAGCGUUGGAGCAGCAACUUCUCGAAGCUCAUCAGGAAAUCGCUCGGCUGCGUCUUGAGAACAAAAUGCUUAGAAAUCAAAUGGAAACCAAUGGGCGAAGUCGGAAGGUACCGCGGCUAGAUGCGUCAGUUUUAAUACCCAAGAAGAACAUAGCCGUUAUUUUUGCGAUGGUAUUCAUGGUGUCAAUGAAUUGGAACUUUCUGGGAUGGACUUCAAAACCAAUAAUGGCGCCGUCGUCUCCCCACGUUGCAAACAGACACCUGUUGUGGUCUGAGGAGAGUAAGGAUAUAUCUCUAGAUUAUGAUAAUUUACUAAAUCGAAGUUCUGAUGGCGUUGACUGCCAAAACGCAACGUUAAAUGAUUACUUAAAUAUCACACAAACUGAGAGUAUCCGAAUAGCCGGCGAUCUGAAGCGUUGGAUCGGUAAUGGGAAAACGUUGAACUGGACAAAUGCACAGAAGAAAUAUCGAAAUGAUUACGUAAACGAGGAACAAAUCACGGGUGGCUUGCUAGAAGCGUACAAACUUUUUCAUAAACUUAAUCUUGAUGAUUUUGUGGAGUUUCCCAGCGCUAAUAAAAAUGGAAAGUCUUUGCGAGAGAGAACGCGAUUGCGCCGAUUGAAAAGAUCACUAACACCAGAUAAGGGUUUGGAGUUCGAAAGCGGGAUGUAUUACGAGAAGUUGUACGCGAAGCAUCUGAGGAGGGAUCAGGAUAAAUUGCAGGAUGGAGAGUUUGAGCAGUGGAAUGCAUUGCUACAGGCUCUGCAUAGACGGGACGAUACCUUCUACGUGGUGGGAGUUGGUAAUGGAGAACACUUGCUGCUACCGGCCGUCUCGCACAAUGUCACUAGACCGCCCAAAAUGGCGCUCAUACUGCCAGCGCGGUCUGGUAAUGAUUCAAUACUGAGCGAUCACGUCAGCCUGAUGCAGAUAGAUUGUUCCGUCGUGAACACAACACUAGUGAAAUUAAAAUCCGAGUCCCUGCCCAAGAGUUUGCGGAAGAUCAACGCGAAUUUCACAAGUGGAGUAUAUGACAACCCUAAGCCCAAGCCUGGGCAUGUGAAGUUGAGUGACGCUAGUCAACACAGUGAAAGUAAUAACGCAACACUUAGUAGAUAUCGCGAAGUGAAGAACGUUAAUCCUAGACAGAAUAUUACGUCGCCCUAUAAUAUAUUUAAUUCAACUCUUAGUUAAUACCCGCGGCGAUCGUCUUUUUUUACGUAUAGGUAUAGUUGUUUCAAUCAGAUCCUGUCGUCAAAGUAAGUGCACUCGCUCAAAGGACUGAUGCGGAAUGGACACGGAAAUAAGGCGGUGAAAUAAACGCCAAAAUUAAUAUUUAAAGUUAAAAACACCAGAGACAAUUAUAUUAUGUCGGUUGGCUUAUUAUGUACGCGCGCCGGUGUCUAAGAGCCAAAAACGAAAGUGGUGGAUUUGAAAAAAAAAACAUAUGAGUUUUAGUUUUGACGCUGUUGGCAGCCGU